UGUAUGAUUUUGUGCGUAUAAUUAAAAAAAAAACUAGUUUCAAUUUUAAGGUGACCAAACUAACAAAAAAUAUAGUAUAAAAUUGAACCAUGCCUUAAAUAAGAAAUAUUGAAAGGGCUUUGUGCCGUUUCUUUACCCAAAAAAAAACCUACACCUUAUUUGCCGUUUCUUGUGUUUACUCUUAACAUUUUUUUUUAAUGCUCCAACCUUCUCAGAUUGAACAAGGCUAAAAGUUUGAGGGUCUCAAGAGUGGAAGGGAAGAAGACUAUAUAAUGAGCAUAUUAAGUAGCAGGAGUCCAAUAUUCUUUCCAGGGGAAAUCAUAUUUGAGAUGUUGAGCUACUUGCCAGUCAAGUCAUUGUUAAGAUUUAAAUGUGUAUGCAAGCAUUGGAAUGACAUAACUCAAGAUUUUCGCUUUAUAUGCCUUCAUUAUAAACGUAGCCCUUAUUACAUUGGCAAAAUGGCACCACAGAGUAACACGACGACAGAUGAAUUUAAACUCUUAUCUUCAAAAGGUUUAAUAUUGGAGUACGCUAUUAGGCCUAGCCAUUUGACCCCUUCUUCACCUAAUCUGAGAUACCGCAUAAGGAACCCUGAAGUGCAUCAUCAAAUUCUUGAAAUUCCGGAUUCAGAAAAGCCUAUCUUGAACAUGCGCAUGGUGUUUGAUACAGAUAACCAAAUUUUGAAGUUACUCUCUGUUGUUUAUGAUGAUGAAUUAGUUGGAGACCAAGUGAUUGGUUAUGAGGUUCUUGAUCUUCUGAAUGAAGAUAGUAGCUAUUCUUGGCGACCCCUUAACUUGCCUCAGCAGAGCAGAGGAGAAACUAGAAUAUGCAAACUAGUUAAAAAACAUACCAACCAAAUUAAACUUGUCUUUGCAUCUGGAACUGCUUACAGCAUAUGGAAUGCCGAAGCAUAUUCCCAUUUAGGAAUUGAUAUUCUGGAUAUGGUGAAUGAUAGCUACAUUGGUCAUACUACUUUUCCUACGAGUGAUUUCUACACCAAGAAUGAUGGUAUACUUUGGAAUGAAAAGCUGGCAUUAGCUAAAAUAGUAAAAGAGGAGCUUCAUGUUUUGGUGUUAGACGUUUACAAGAAGCAGAUCAAAUGGGCUGAUCAUGGAAAACUAAUCAUUAAGCUACCAUUCUUGAAAGAGCUCUCAGUUGUGCCACAGAUAAAGCUUUUAUACGUUUCUAAAACUGAUAAGUUGUACUUUAUAUGGCGGGACAAGGAAUCAAUCUGCAGUUUUGACAUUACGACGGGGAAGUUAACAACUCUCGUGUCCAGCUACGUUGAAUCUCAAGUUCAAUAUAUCACUAGGCCUUGCCUCUUCACUAUCAAAGGAAUGCAGUCCUCAUCUAGUCAAUAAUGCUUGCAGCUUGCUCGUGGAGGAGUAUUCGUUUACGUCUCAAAUUAAAUCAGGUCUCUUUAGGGAAAUAUGAGUGGGAGAAUGAAUGAUUCAUUGGGGCCCUGUUUAAUUUCCCUUUCCUUCCAAUUAGUUAAUGUAUUUCUUAAUUUGUGUUUAGCUUUUCAACAGGUCAAGCUCGCAUAAUACUUUAUUUUUCUAUACCUUCAUCUUGUCUAUAGAAAACAAGCCAUAUAUAUAAACAAUAUUGUCCGCCCCUGUAUCUCUCUGUCAGCUUGACAGGGAAGUUAACAAACAAGUGAUCAUCUAUUGCUACAAGUAUUGGCUUAGCGCGCCUACUGAUGUAAGGGUACCAACUUAAAA